AUGGUAGAGGCAAAUCCAGGUAGUUCUGUGGAGCUUUUCAUAGAUGAUGACAGCAAAUUUCAACGCCUUUUUGUAUCAUUUCAUGCCUCAAUACAUGGUUUCAAGAAUGGUUGUCGCCCACUUCUAUUUCUUGAUUCUGCGAGUCUCAAAUCAAAAUACCAUGAGGUUUUGUUGACAGCUACAGCAUUAGAUGGGGACGAUAGUGCUUUUCCGGUUGCAUUUGCUAUAGUAGAUAUUGAGAAUGAUAAUAAUUGGCAUUGGUUUUUGGAGCAGUUGAGAUCUGCUAUUUCUACUUCACAAUCCUUAACUGUUGUUUCUGAUAAAGAGAAGGGACUAUUGAAAUCUGUGCUUGAAGUAUUUGAGAAUGCUCACCAUGGUUACUCUAUAUACCCCCUGCUGGAUGACUUCAUGAGAAAUUUGAGAGGACCAUUCCAUGGAGAUGGAAAAGCUGCUUUGCCUGCAAGUUUUUUUGCUGCUGCACAUACAGUCCGAUUUGAUAGUUUCAAAAUGUUCACUGAGCAAAUUAAACAGGUUUCUUCAAAAGCAUAUGAUUGGCUUAUGCAGAUUGAACCAGAAUGUUGGACAAAUGCAUUUUUCAAGGGUGAGAUUUAUAAUCAAAUUACAGUAAAUAUUGUAGAGUUGUACACUAAUUGGAUUGAAGAAGUGUGGGAGCUGCCUAUAAUAAGGAAGGUGGAAGCACUUGGAUGCAAAAUGAUGGAGUUGAUGGACAAACGUGAAAUGGAUUCAAAUGGGUGGACUACAAAUCUUGCUCCAUCCAAAGAGAAAAAACUACAAGAGGAGACUCUGAAGGCACAGGCUUUCAAAGUAUUAUUUUCAUCUGAUACAGUGUUUGAGGUUCACGGUGACUCUAUUUUUGUUGUGGAUAUUGUCACAAGGGACUGUAGUUGUAUGGAAUGGGCAUUGACUGGAUUACCUUGCUGUCAUGCCAUUGCCGUCUUCAAUCGCAUUGGAAGGAGUGUAUAUGAUUAUUGUUCAAAAUACUACACAGUUGAUAGCUACCGUUCAACAUAUUCCAAGUCCAUAAAUCCUGUUUUAGACAUUUUUGAGCCUUUGGGUGAAGAAGAUGCCUCAGAGGUGAGGCAAGUGCUUCCUCCGACUACACCUCGGCCACCAACUCAACCAAAGGAAAAACAAUAUAAAAGAAAGCGUGAACUUAAAAGAGUAAUGACUUGCACCAGGUGUAAGGGAGAAGGGCAUAAUAAGGCUACCUGCAAGGAAACCUUGUAG